AUGCCUUGGCAUCCGCUCCCGCGCAUCGCCUUUGCCGUUGCAACUUUUCCCUUCACCGCCGAACGCCCUGCCGACCUCCCCCUCGAAAUUGGCGAUGAGCUCUACAUCAUUGAAGAGACUGCCGAUGGCAACUGGCUGAGGGGCUAUCUCGUUGCCCCUCCUAGCCUUCUUGCAGGUCUCACCUCGGUGCAGGGACAAACCCUCGAGGCCAGAGUCUUUAGCGGCAUCUUUCCUCGCAGCUGCAUCCAAGUUCGAGAGUUGCUCGGCGAAGAUGAAGACGAGGAUCAGAUCGCUCACGACGACCAACAUAUCAAUCGCAAAAGCAAAGCACCAACGGAGGAUGAGACCGCGUCUGAGGACUCGGCCAAGGGUGGACUUGACAGCGAUGGUGAGAACGGGGACAAACAACUCAAGUCAAGGUCCACACGCAAACGUCGGGCGCCGUUGCAACAACUCCCUCUCGGCGCCAGUGCGAAGCUCUCAGUCCCCGUAAAGCGUGAUCCAACAUUACCACGUCCUCCAGCGCCCGUACCAAUGCUCAAAAUUGGCGACGAAACGCCCACAUUGGCCUCUGAGCCGCUAAUAGACGAAAUUUCUUCAUGCCUGCGCGAGUGGCACUCCAAGAAUCUUCACCAGCUUCUCCUCGCUAGAGAAUACUCCAAGCUCGAUAAGCUCUCUCAACUCAUCACCAAACUCAACCUGCACCGCCAGCAGUUUCUCUACAAUGUCCUCACAUCGCGCGAGUAUGAGGCUCUUCGCGAAAGAACAGUAUGGGAUUUGGUCCAGGUAAACAAGCUCUGCGGUGGAGAAGUCAUUGUGCGCGACCCCGCGGCCCGUGGGCGCAUCUUGACAGGCGAGGACUCUGCCGUCGCACUCACAGAGCUCCAGUCGACCAUGAGCGUUCUUGACGAACCUCCAAAGCCAACAAUCGAACUUGCCAGUCUACACCAUCUGCUUUUAGACGUCAAAGGCUUUGCUGGAACAUCUACAGAAGAAACCUGCCUGGUCGCCUACCUCGUCAGCAAGCCACACCACGACAAGCCGAUAAACCUCUCCGAAGCCUUUAGUAUCGACGUCCCUGCAGGUCGCACACUUGGUAGCCUCAUGCAGGACGGCGCUACAAGAACGCUCUUCACCGAUUUGUCAAGUCUCGAUAUCGGCGACGUCCCUGCCGCUGAAUCAGAUCUUUAUCUCGUCGUCAAGGUUCUAUCUCCACAAAGAGUUGAAAUGGUAUCGCCCCAGACUAGAUCAGGCAGUUUAGGCGACAACUACUACACCAGGGAACACACCAAGUCAUUGCCAGUUGGCAGUGGAAAGAGCUCGAGGAGGAGCUUCAUGUGGGGAGCUAAAUCCACAAGGUCUACGUUUUCGCGAGGCUCGUCUUUUUCUAAGACGGAUGCCGUCAACGAGCAGCAAGGAGGCCGACCUUAUUCUAACCGCACAGCAAGUCGGGAUGCCCAAGGCCCUCCUAGCACCGCCGGGUCGCAAGUCAGCAUGGCGACGGAAGAGGUUCAAAUGGCCCAACGUACUGUUGGUAUUGGCGUUACGAAAUUGAACUCUAUCAUGAAACAGGAUGAAGAGAUUGAGCAUGUAAUCAGUAUCUGGGCGCCCUCAACACGACCUAUGACGGACAAAGAAAUGGGUGAAGAGUGGAAUCCGAUUAUUCGGGAAAUCAUGGCAAGCCCAUCAGAGUCGUUUGAGAGAGCGAGGCGAGGCGAACGGCUGCAAGUCUCACUUAAGGCCUUUGACCACCCCGACCCGGAUGCGCUCAUCAAAGCCACGCCAACAAUAUUGUCUGGUGUGUCGAAAACUAGCAGAAUCGGAUUUUCUGGUGCGCCAACGCGGCCCAGAUCGGACAUCUACCUAACUAUCAACACUGCGGCCCUUGCAAAGCAAAAUCUCCUCUCUAGAUACGGGGGAAGCGCCACAAGCAUGCCGCCUGGCAUGCAGGCCUCAAAUUUGCAAGUGACGCUCGAGGUCCGGCAUCGAUCCGGAACGAAAAUCCAAAACUGCAUAUUUCCCGCCUCAAAUAGCAGUGGCUUGACUACUUUCAAAUCUGUCGCUGCGGAGCGCGGGGAGACAUGGAACCAAACGCUACGCCUAUCACUCCCCGCGGAUGACGUCGCCAAUGCCCAUGUGGUCAUGUUUGUGAGCGACAUGCCAAGUCCCCCGUUUGCUGUCGCCCACAUACCUCUUUGGGAGAGGGAAGCAUUCAUUCGUGAUGGACCGCACGGGUUGCUGCUCUAUAAGAUAGACGAGCAUACCUCGACAGCACAGGCAGGACCGACUGGCAAAGGUGGCUAUCUUUCCACUGUCUGGGCACCACGGGGUAGGGAUGAGCGGUCGGUUGAAGUGACGGGCCCGCUUGCCUUACUCCUCAUCGACACAUUCCUGUGUAGUACGCGUUUCUCACAAGAUCGCGUGAUUCUCGGCCUUAUGAAGUGGAGAGACUUAUCGCAAGAGGACCUUACCGCUGUCUUGCGUCAACUCAAUUUCGUGCCUGAAAUUGAGAUUGUGAAGCUGCUUGGCGACAUCCUUGACAGCUUAUUUGGCAUUUUGGUCGAGCACUCUGGCAGCAAUGAGUACGAGGACCUUGUCUUCACGGCUUUGGUCAGGGUGUUGGGAAUUGUGCACGACAGACGUUUCAACCUGGUUCCCUUGGUUGACCAAUACGCUGAGAACCAGUUUAAAUACCCCUUCGCGGCUUCUUGCCUUGUCCGUGCCCUUACACGUCUGCUUCAACACCCGACAGAAACCGAGACUGCUCGCAAGCUGAGAUCUACUUUCAAGAUUGUCAGGCACAUUCUCAAAUUCAUCACACAAGCGCGCAGUCAGCAGCGAGCCAAGGAGGCAGGAAUUGGUAUCAAGACUUCGGCGCAGGGUUUCACGAAGCAACUCAAGUCAAUCUUCAAAGCCCUUGAAGAAAUGAUGCGAAACCCGGCCCCUGUUCUGGUCGGUAGCCAGACCCUAGUUGUGCAGCACUUUCAUACGUGGCUUCCCGAGCUCACGGAUAUGCUCACAGCCGAAGAUAUCCUUCAUAUUGCCAUUGACUUUAUGGACUCUUGCACUGAUGUUAAGGGCAAGUUGACUCUGUACAAGCUUGUUCUGAUUAUCAAUUACUCCAAGCUGGAUAUUUUCAGCCACCCUGACCAGAGAUCUGCUCUGAGCGCGAAUACCGUGCGCUGGAUUAGUCCUCAUUGGGGCCACUGUCCGGACAUGACUGACCAGUGGAGGAACCAAACCCGACUUUGCUGCUCUAUCCUUGCCAACCAACUCGACUACAUUGGUCCUGAAAUUCCGGACCAUGCGCCUAGAGUCAUUGACUCUUAUCUGUCAAUUCUAGCAUCGCCCCCACCCGCGCGAAAGAAGCUGUCGCUCCUGUUCCCUUCAUCAUACCCAUUUCCGACAAAGGCGACUGCGCACACUGUUGAAUUUGAUGAGGCUCUGGCUGAACUGUCUGCUAUUCUGUCAGCAAUCUCAAGCUCACCGGUUGGAAUGCAAUUGGAGCUAGAGGAUAGCAACAUUCAGACCAUGCUAGAGAACGUGCUCCAGGUUCAGAUGAGCAUUUUGAAGGGCGAAGCGUUCCCCGAAGGCUGGCUGAGUGUACACAUCUAUCAUCACAAGUCUGCUAUGCGCACGCUCCAGUACUUGGCUACAAUUCUGUUGGAGUCUUUCCUACCCCAUCCUGAUGACGCCGAAACCUUCAACACCGAUCUGUGGAGGCUGUUCUUCGAGACGUUACUGAAACUCGUCGGAAGCCCAUCCCUUGCAUUGGAAACCUUCCCUGAGCAAAAGCGACGAGCUGUCUGGAAGAUCGCCGGCGAUGUGCGUGAGGAUGGCGCUGCUCUUCUGCGUAGAACGUGGGAGGCCAUCGGAUGGGAAGCGAGCAAUGAAGAACGCACUAGGUAUGGGCUGGCCAAGAUGGGGGGUUAUCAAGUCCAGUAUGUCCCGGGUCUGGUUGGCCCAAUUGUUGAGCUGUGCUUGAGUGUUCACGAGGGCCUGAGAAGGAUGGCCGUCGAAGUCUUGCAAACCAUGAUUGUCAGCGAGUGGACUUUGAGCGAAGAUCUCUCCGUCAUCCAAACAGAGAUGGUCGACUGCCUCGACGUUUACUUCAAGACGAAGCCUUUGACGGAAAGUGUCUUGCAAAAGCUCUUUCUUGGGGAAUUGAUGGAGAGAUUCGUCACCGUUUCUGAAGACGAAGACGAGCCAUUGACGGAGGCUCUUCAUGACCUGACUGGAACGUUGGAUGAGUUUUUGGAUCUUUUGGUUGCUGUGCACAGCGGUGACAACGGAAGCGGCGCAUCGGAUAUCAUCAAUCGCCUUCGACUCAUGGAGUUCCUUCGAGAUAUGCAGAAGGAAGAAAUCUUCGUGCGAUAUGUCCACCAGCUAGCCAAUUUGCAGGCCGAAUCACGCAAUCACGCCGAGGCUGGUCUAGCACUGCGAUUGCAUGCCGAGCUCUACGACUGGGAUCCAAAUCGUGAAACUCCUGCCAUGGCUGAUCCGGAGUAUCCGGUCCAAACACACUUUGAGCGCAAAGAAAGGAUAUACUUUGACAUGAUCAAGCAUUUCGAGGAAGGCGAGUCUUGGAGCAACGCAUUGACAGCCUACAAGGAGCUUCAGACUCAGUACGAAACCAACAUUUACGACUUUGCCAAGCUUGCACGAGCUGAGCGCGCCAUUGCCACUAUUUAUGAAACCAUCUCGAAGAGUGAAAAGCUUGUCCCCAAAUACUUUAAAGUUAUUUAUCGCGGUCUCGGCUUUCCGGCUACGCUUCGCGACAAGCAAUACAUCUACGAAGGCUCUCCAGGCGAGCGCGCAGCAGCAUUUACAGACAGGAUGCAGGAACAAUACCCGUCUGCAAAAAUCAUCACAGCGGAGGAUGGCGACGAAGUCGAAGGACAGUUUUUGGUCAUCUCCGUGGUGACGCCACACCGCGAUCUAACUCACCAGAUCUACCAGCGAACCCGUGUUCCUCAGGUUGUUCGUGACUUCUUGCUUUCCUCUCACCCACAAGUGUUCUCCAUCACGGCCAAGCGUACAACUUCUGGGCCUGUUCAUGAACAUUAUUCUCAGAAGCUGAUUUUCACAACGGCGGAGCCUUUUCCGACAAUUCUUCGCCGGAGUGAAAUUAUUGAUGUCAACGAACUCGAGUUGUCUGCCCAUGAGACUGCUCUGGAGCGAAUUGUGCGCAAGACGCAGGAGAUGGCUGCACUGGAGCGCCGGAUCUCGGAGGGCGAGGAGCAAAACAUGAAGCUUCUUUUGGAUGCUGUAGCAGUUUCUGUGAACCCCAAUUCUGAUCAAAGUGUAUCUUGUUACCGCACGCUUCUUCCGGAGCCGAAGGGCGACGACGAAGAUGGCGAAGAUGAGGAGGACGAGGACGAGGACGAGGACGAAGACGAGGAAGAGCUCAGCCCAAGCAACGCGGCCAUCAAAACAGGUCUCAUUGACCAUGCCAUGUUGCUCAAGAGAUGCUUGGCGUUGUUUGCACGAACCAAGUCUGAUCCUUUUGCUGCCAGCAGGCACGAUGAGUUGGCUCGGCACUUUGAGUGCACAUUUGCUCCUGAAAUCCUCACUUUUGCGCCUCCGCCUCCUGUGAAGGAAUUGAUUUCCACUCCCUCGACCGUUUUCAGGGGCACCUCUCCUUCGAUAGAGCAGAGCCCUCGGUGGCAAACCGUCGUUUCCCCGAAUGGUGGUACGAAACUAGAAGAAGCCUCUGUUGGCCGCCGGGUAUCUCUGCAGCAGCCGCGGGGCACGCGCUUGAGUUUCCUCGGGGGCGGCAAGAAGAACAGUAUGGAUCACCAACCCGACCUGAAUGGCAUCGGCGAAUCGCCAAAGAGCCAUGGGCACAAGCGAAGUCUGAGCAAAGACAACAGCAUGCGACAGGCUAUUUUCCGAUCGCACUCUAGCGAGGUCAGCUCCGGCGAGCGACGAGGUAGCACGACGAGCACGGAUAGACGCCUGUCACAGGACUCCAAGGACGUGCCAGCUAAAGAGUCCGGCUUGAUGAAGCGCGGCAACAGCGUGCGAAAGCGAUUCAGUAUACUCAAGCUGGGGAUAAAAAACAAGAAUAGUGCAGUGAUGGGCAGCGUUGAUGAGGAGUAA